GGGUUUUGGACUCAGAAAAAGCAAGUACGUGGCUACCCCUGGAACCAUAUCUAGUUAUUGGGGACCGAUCGACCCCGAACGCACCCGACAGGACCACCCUACCGCCGUCUGAUCCACCCAGUCAACUCUUCUAUGGCGUCGCUUUUUACUUCAUGGAGAAUAUAGACGAUGAUCUCUACACACCCGACAUCAAAGACCUCGUCCGCCUGAUCAAAUUCGGAGGU